AUGUGGGGGUUCAGGCUCCUGCGGUCGCCGGCGCUGCUGCUCCUGCUGCCGCAGCUCGGAAUCAGAGACGCCUCAUCGCGCUCUCAGGCCGGAACCAUGAACCCGGGCGGCAGCGGCGGUGCGCGAUGUUCCCCGUCGGCCGAGGGGCGCCGCCAGCAGUGCCUGCAGCUGUCUGCUGUGCCGGGAGCCGAUCCUCAGCGCAGCAACGAGUUACUCCUGCUGGCGGCGGCGGGGGAGGGACAGGAGCGGCGGGAUCUCCCUGGGGACCGGGCGAAGGAGGAGCCGCCAUCGCCGCCACAGCAUCACGUCCUCUAUUUCCCCGGGGAUGUGCAGAAUUACCAUGAAAUUAUGACUCGUCAUCCUGAGAAUUAUCAGUGGGAAAACUGGAGUCUAGAAAAUGUUGCCACCACUUUAGCCCACCGGUUCCCAAAUAGUUAUAUUUGGGUGAUAAAGUGUUCCCGAAUGCAUUUGCACAAAUUUAGCUGCUAUGACAAUUUUGUGAAGUGCAACAUGUUUGGUGCCCCAGAACACAGUACUGACUUUGGAGCUUUUAAGCACCUUUAUACAUUAUUAGUUAAUGCUUUUAACUUAAGUCAAAACAGUUUGCUAUCAAAGAAGAAUGUGAAUGUUUGGAAUAAGGACUCCAAAGCAUCUAAUUGUAGAUCUAGUUCUUCUCCUACUACGAAUGGUUGCCAGGGAGAAAAAGAGAGGAACUGUGAAAAAUUUGAUGAGUCUGUCAUGAGUUUUUAUCCACCAUCACUAAAUGGUGCAUCUUUUACUUUGAUUGGAUUCAGUAAAGGUUGUGUUGUUUUGAAUCAGUUGCUUUUUGAAUUGAAAGAAGCCAAGAAAGACAAGAACAUAGAUACUUUUAUCAAAAGCAUAAGAACGAUGUACUGGCUGGAUGGUGGUCACUCUGGAGGAAGCAAUACUUGGGUUACUUAUCCAGAAGUCUUAAAAGAAUUUGCACAAACAGGAAUUACCGUUCAAACCCAUGUGACACCUUACCAAGUACGUGAUCCAAUGAGAUCUUGGAUUGGAAAGGAGCACAAGAAAUUUGUUCAGAUACUUGGGGAUUUUGGUAUGCAGGUGACUAGCCAAAUUCAUUUUACAAAGGAACCUCCUUCCAUAGAGAAUCACUUCAGGGUUCAUGAAGUAUUUUGAGACUACAAGAAUAUAACGUACUUGUUCAGUGGAAGAGCAUAAGCACUUUGUUAUAAAUUCAGAUAAUGAGAUGUAACUCAGAUGCAUUGUCAUUUUGGGGGUUGGUGGGGGGAAGCACACAUUCCUAAAAUAUGAGUGUAAUGUGCAAUAGUAUUCCUUGCUUGUGAAUGUGAACAGUUUUUAAUUUGGAUUGGGUUAGAAUUAGUUAAUCUGAAAU